AUGAGGGUUAAGACAAAACUUAAGAAUCCACGAUCAACAUUAGGUAAAUCUAUCAAAGAAAUUUUAAAUCGAGCAGGCAAGCGACAAAUUUCACAUCCAAAGCAAAACCAAACUUACGAAAACGAUGAUUCUGCAUCUGAGAGUCGGCGAAGUAGUACAAGAAUUAACGAAAUCUUACAUUUUCAAAAUAACUUUGUAAGAAACAAUUCUAAUUCAAAUUUAAUAUUAGAAAGUAUAUCAGAAGAAGUCGAAGAUCAAUUAUUUAACGAAUCACCAAUUAAAAAAUCUAUUAAUAAUAAAAUUUCUGAAUUAAUUCCAUCACAAGACCAAAUACAGCUUGACGACAUUACAGAAGAAAAAUCCGAAAUAAAUACAUCAAUAAUUUCCACAAAUACAAAAAAUUCAUAUUCAUAUCUUGAAGAAGAAGAUAAUUUCGAGUUUUAUCCAGAAUAUGACUAUUACAAACCUCGUCAACCUUACGAAAAACCUAAGAAAGGCUCAAAAAGAGUCAAAAGAAAACCAAAUGCUGCAUUUAUUGAAGAACAACAAGAAUUAAACACAGGAAUUGAUAUUGAAUCUUCCCAAUUAAAAUCAACAAUUAUUCAAAAAGAUUUCAAUACUUUGUAUUUAUAUAAAAAUAUCCUCAUUUAUUCAGCGAAUGCACAUACAUUGUACUAUAAUUUAGUUUAUUCCACUUAUCAUUUACUAAGACUGAAGAACAAUUUUAUUUAA